AAUAACUUAGUGCUCUCUCUUCUUCUCUUAGUUGACAUUUUGAGGAGGACCUAUUCAUUUGUUUGUUUCGAUCAAUAUGACUUUGCAGCCUAAUCUUCAAGCAAAAGAAAUGGAGCUUUCUUUGGUAGGACUUCAAAAUUCAGGAAAGACAUCACUUGUUAAUGUUGUUGCAACUGGUGAAUACAGUGAAGACAUGAUUCCUACGGUCGGGUUUAACAUGAGGAAAGUGACAAAAGAAAAUGUUGCAAUCAGACUAUGGGAUCUUGGUGGUCAACCAAGAUUCCGCUGCAUGUGGGAACGUUACUGUCGCGCUGUUUCUAUGAUUGUGUACGUAGUUGAUGCUGCAGAUACUGAAAACUUGAGUGUCUCGAGAAGUGAACUCCAUGAUUUGUUGAGCAAUGCUUCGCUUAUUGGUAUUCCUCUUUUGGUUCUUGGGAACAAGAUUGACAUACAUGGAGCUCUUUCCAAAGAAGCCUUGACAGAAGAAAUGGGGCUUAGUUCGGUUACAAGUAGAGAAGUCUGCUGUCUCAUGAUAUCCUGCAAGAACCCUACCACCAUUGAUCAGCUCACUGAUUGGCUUGUAAAUCACUCAAAAUCAAAGAACUAAACUUCAACAAGAACAUCAUAUGUUCUCUCUUCUUGAUCUUCUUACUCGUCCUCUGUUGUCUGGUUAAUGAUGAUGAUGAGUCUUGAACUAAUUUCGCGUGAAACAAGAGUUUGUCUUUAUUUGUCUUCUGUCUCACCUGCUGGUCUGGUCUGGUCUAGUUUGCUCAAGAGGUUGUUU